UUGUCUGUCUUAAGAGCAGCUGCUGUCCACUGAUCUCGGCAGAUAACCAAAGCCACGUGGUCAUUUUAAUGCUGGUUAAUAUUAUUAUUUGAAGAACGGUGCUACACAACUGUAUUUAAGGCAGUUUCCGUUGUGUGAGCGGCUAGCGUGUUAGCAGCUAAGAAACCUCUGUGACUAUAAAUGAAACGGCCAGCUAAACGGCUUCCACAACAGCUUUAUGCGUGAUGAUGACUGGCUUUCUCUUCACGUCUGAAUCUGUUGGAGAAGGACACCCUGACAAGAUAUGUGACCAAAUUAGUGAUGCUGUGUUAGAUGCACAUCUUAUGGAAGAUCCAGAUGCCAAAGUAGCCUGUGAGACUGUGGCUAAGACCGGGAUGAUCCUGCUGGCAGGGGAGAUCACCUCACGGGCCAGUGUUGAUUAUCAGAAAGUUGUGCGUGAGACCAUCAAACAUAUUGGCUAUGAUGAUUCCUCGAAAGGGUUUGAUUAUAAAACCUGUAAUGUGCUGGUGGCACUGGAACAGCAGUCGCCUGACAUUGCUCAGGGAGUUCAUCUUGAUCGCAGAGAAGAAGAUGUUGGUGCUGGUGACCAGGGCUUAAUGUUUGGGUAUGCCACAGAUGAGACAGAUGAGUGUAUGCCACUAACUAUUAUCUUGGCUCAUAAGCUCAAUGCCAAAAUGGCAGAGCUACGCAGAGAUCAGACUCUUCCAUGGCUCAGACCUGACUCCAAAACUCAGGUAACUGUUCAGUACCGACAAGAUCGAGGAGCUAUGGUGCCGUUACGGGUCCAUACCAUUGUGAUUUCAGUGCAGCACGAUGAGGCUGUGAGUUUGGAGGAGAUGCGUCAUUCUCUGAAGGAGCAGGUGGUAAAAGCUGUGGUCCCCAGCGGUUACCUGGACGACGAAACAGUUUAUCACCUACAGCCCAGUGGACGUUUUGUCAUUGGAGGACCUCAGGGUGAUGCUGGACUGACUGGUCGUAAGAUCAUUGUUGAUACAUAUGGAGGUUGGGGGGCCCAUGGUGGUGGAGCUUUUUCUGGAAAGGACUAUACAAAAGUGGACCGUUCUGCUGCCUAUGCUGCUCGUUGGGUGGCUAAGUCCCUGGUUAAAGCUGGGCUCUGCAGGCGUGUCUUGGUCCAGGUGUCCUAUGCCAUUGGAGUUGCCCAUCCUUUGUCUGUGUCCAUCUUUAACUAUGGGACUUCUCAGAGGAGUGAACGCGAGCUCCUGGACAUUGUGACGAACAACUUUGACCUGCGCCCUGGAGUUAUUGUUAGGGACCUUGACCUAAAGAAGCCAAUCUACCAGGAGACUGCAGCAUAUGGCCACUUUGGACGGGACCUCUUUCCAUGGGAGGUGCCCAAGAAGCUCAAAUUCUAACUUGUCAUUUAAGGGUGCAUUAUUCUCUUCUUCCUCUCCUUUUACGUUUACUCUUUUUUUUCCAAGCACAGACCAAUCACAAGAGUCUCUAAAUACAGGUAGUCAUAGGUAUAAUUAUUUACAUCUUGUAUGUUGUAUCAUGUAAUAUUGAAAUUUAGCAUUUAAAGAUCAAGAACAUGUUAAAAGCCUUUCAUGUAAUGAGCAAUGUAUUAUGUCAUAUUUAUAAAUUAUUAGCGACACUGUAACUUGCAUUUGGCACAAUAUUUAUAUUGGUGAUUUUCAGUUUACCACAACAAAUGCAGCUCCUUCUGUAAGCAAAAUGUUUGUGGCACAACUAUUCAACCUGACCGUAACAUUUGAUAGUGUGUUCAAUAAGAUAAUAAAACUUGACCAUUCUGAGCUGUCUCUUCAGACCGUAUCGUUCUGACGUUAUACAGAGAAGUCAGAAGCUGCUAAUAAUAUGGUUUUGUUGAGCUGCACUUUAUGGGAGCUGGAUUUUUAUUUAUUUAUUUUAAAUUGAAGUUUAUUAACCCUGUGAAUGUUUGAUGUCAAUGUCGUACUGACCACUUGAAGUUAUGUAUUUGACAAUCCUUGGUGUGAAUGUGUAGCUACAGAGAAACUUAUCCAUCUCUCGGUUUAAAGCUAUCAUCUGUAAUUGGAAUGGCCGACGUGGCCCUGUUGCAUUUUCACAUAACACCACUAGAUUCUAUCUACGUUACUGCAGUCUGAUAGUGUGUCAGUUGUGGCCUGACAGAAGACCAAAGGGCAUGUGAGGGGAGGGGGGGGGGCAGGUUUCAGACAUCUACUGGUAACAAAAAUCAAGUAACUAUGGAUGGGAGCUUUAAGGCUGUCAUUUCUCCAGUGUUUGACUUGAUUUGAGUUCAUAUAGUACUGUAUAGAAUAAACCCGCUAAACAAACUAGCAGCACCUACAAGAUGAUGUUCCGGUGCAAUGGGGAUAGGGUUACCUAUGAGAGAGUGUAAAAAAUGCCCACUCCUAUUUCUUCAUAUGUAGCUUUUAACGUUAUAGUGGUUGGUUUACAAUUGGGUGAUACUGCACUCUUUUUACAAAUCUACAUGUGUAUUGAACCUAGGAAUGUGUUGACCUUUUAAAAAGACCGUACAUGAUGCUGUAAAUGUGGAAUUUGCUCCAAAAUAUUGUUUUGCAGUUUGCUUAUUUUCUUUGAACUAUUUUGUCCUCCACAAACUUCUGAAUCAAUCAAUUGUUCAUUCAGUGAGUGUUUUGUGUUCUAUGUUCAAAUUGUCCUUGAAGUGGUCUUUCAUGUUGUUGCUAGAUGGCACUGUACUUGUUUUUAUGCUACUAUUGGUAAAACAUGGGCCAAUGCUUGCACCUCUGUCUCCCCGUUGUGGCUUCUGGUGUGUACUACAGAGAAGCUCCAGAACCACCUUGGUGUUGCGCAGUGCAUUUUACAUGGAACUAUCAAGAGUUUGAAUGAAGGUCAACUUUUUCAAAUCUAGGUUUUUAAACAGUUGCCUGUCACACACCCACAUAGGAUCAUUAACGUGCUGGUGUUGUACAGAGAAACCAGCUAGUUUACGCGAGCCUGUGUGGGGGUAGCUGCUGAUUUUAUUAGUUGAAGUUGACCCUCAAAUGUUCAGAAGUGCCUUUUCUGUUUCUAAAUGUUCUUGUCCACAAAGUAUUUUUGCUCAUGUAGUGGCUAAAUUACCUUUGGAAUAAUCCUGUAAAGUGACUUUUCUGAAAACCUCUUGAAUAAACUGCACUCUUGCAUGUA